AUGAAGCGACCAGAAAUGAUAACUGGCAGAAGAGACGCACUCAAUCAUAUACUUCGAAGCAAGGAUCCUAGCGCGAAACCAAAAAUAUUUGUCAACUACCUCGAUGAUCCGGAGGAUGUGAGGGUGAUGAUCGAGGGGAUACGAGCGCCGAUCAAAGUCGCCAAGACGAAGGCGAUGCAACGGUUCAAGUCGAAAUUUUACUAUUUCGCUGUACCGGGCUGUGAGGAAUAUGAGGAUGAUUCCACCGAGUACUGGGAGUGUGCGGUUAGGACCUUCACUUUUACGAUUUAUCAUUACACGGGGACGUGUAAGAUGGCACCGGAAACCGAUUCAACGGGGGUUGUCAAUCCAAGAUUGCAGGUCAAAGGUGUCGGGAGAUUGAGAGUGGCGGAUGCGUCGAUUAUGCCGGUCAUCGUUACUGGACACACCAAUAUUCCAACCGUAAUGAUUGAAGAAAAGGUUUCCGACAUGAUUAAGGAAGAUUGGAAUUUAGGUGCCAAGGAGGCGAGAAGUUGA